CGUCCUUGCAGUCUUGGUUUCUGAUCCGCGAAAACCUUUCAAAGAACGUAAAUUAUUUAUAAAUUUAUAUCUUAAUUAACGUAAAUUUGGGAGCGGUCAUUCCUCUGGAACUGUUAUUAGUGUUGGAGUCAACAAUUGUUAAAGUGAUGACAUCUGCUCUGCUUGAAGAAUCGAGUUUGGAUAAAGGAUCAUCAGUUCUGAUUAAAGCACAAUCUGCCAUCGUUAAUGAAAGUUUUCUGUUUAAUGAGUUCUAAUUAAAAGAAAGGAUCAGUUGUUGAAGGAGCAUCAGUUUUGAUUGAAGGAUUAUCAGUUAUUGAAGUACUAGUAGUUUUGAUGAGGAUCCCCAGUUUAUGUUCAGGUUUCAUCAGUUCUGGAUGAGGGACCAGCAAUUUUUAUUGAUGAAGCAUUAGUACUCUUUGAAGAUCCACGAGUAAUUGAAGAAACAUUCCGAUUGAUGUACCAUCAGUUGUCACUGAAGAACUAAUAGUUUUUAUGAAGAUAAGUUUUGGUUGAAGAUCCAUCAGUUCUGAUUCUGGGAAUAACAGUUGUUAUCAGAGAAUUAUUCCAUUUUAUGCGGAUCCAAAGUUUGUAGUGUGAUCACAUAAUUUUUGAGUGAAGGACCAUCUGAUGAAGCAUUUUCUUUAAAGGACAACUAGCUUUUAUUGAGGGAUCAUCAGUCCUGACAGAAAUACUACCAGUUUUUAUUUAGGUCUCAUCAAUUCUGAGUGAAGGAACACAAGUUUUUAUUGAGGAGUCAUCAGUAUUUUUCAAAGAAUUUAUACUGCCAAUCCAAAAAUCCUGACAGCUGAUUAGAUUCCUAACUUGCCAAAAAACAAAUAACCGGAUUUCAUUCUACUUUUAUUAGUGUUACCAAAACUCUGAUGAUUUCAAUUUCAGUGUUUCUUUUUGUGAACCUAAGCCCCAAGUUCUGAAAAUCCCAAAAUUUGCUCUUACAAUUAGUGAAGUUGAAAGAGGCUAAAAUAUCAAUCCCGACUAUUUUUCCGGCACUUUGCGAUUGCCGGCUGGUUUAUCAGUUUCUUCUUUUUCUAUCCUGUGAGGAGCUUACGAGGAACGAAGAAACUCACUUAUCGUUGGAGUUCUGUGUGCGGCGGGUAUAAGACUAAUUAAUUACUGGUGGCUGGGCGGUCGUGCGACAAUUAAUUAUUCAAAUAGGAUCGAGACCUGUGCGAGGAUAGAAAAGGAGAGACUCGGGAGGCUGAUAUCCUGCGGAGGACCAAGAAACGUGCGCGUGGAAAAAAAGUGCCGCGCUUAAUUUGCCGACUUAGUUAUCGGAUCCAACAGCCGGCCAUGUCAACCUCAGACUGAUUAUAUUAAAUUUUCUGAAGGAAGCUCUCGGGGAGGAUGUUCCACGGGAGCGGAAGUGGCGGCUACGGCGCAAGUUCCGACUAUCAGCAACAAUCUCAGCAACAACAACAACAGGGGCACCAACUUCAGGCACCAGUUUAUGUUCCUUCAUCAAGACCAACAAUUCCUUCCGCAGCCACGGCAGCCCAAUAUCAUUCCUUUCCCACUUCUGCAUCCCCAGCAUGGGAUAAAACGGCUUCGUGGCAACAUGGAGUGGACACUUAUGCACACCAUGCAUUAGCUGGACACACGGGGAGUUCCGCGGGUGGUAUGGGACCCCAUGGGGGUCACGGCCAUCCUCAUGGCGGACAUCCCCAUGCAGCGCAUCCCCAUUCAACCCUUGCUGCUGCGGCAGCUUCACCAUUUUAUGCCCAAAAUGUCGCGAUGAUGUCCUCCUGGAGAGCAUACGACACCUCAGGAUUCCAACGGGCUUCACCUUAUGAUUCCUCCAUGGAAUUUCAAUUUGGAGAAGGACGCGAAUGUGUAAAUUGUGGAGCAAUUUCAACACCCCUUUGGCGAAGAGAUGGAACUGGUCAUUAUCUUUGUAAUGCUUGUGGCCUUUAUCACAAAAUGAAUGGCAUGAACCGCCCGCUUAUUAAACCCUCAAAGCGACUGAUCUCCGAAUUCCAGACUGCAACGAGGCGGCUGGGGUUAUGCUGCACAAAUUGUGGGACACGAACGACAACUUUAUGGAGGCGCAAUAACGAGGGUGAACCAGUCUGCAACGCAUGUGGUUUAUACUUCAAACUUCAUGGUGUCAAUAGACCAUUAGCGAUGAGAAAAGACGGCAUCCAAACGCGGAAACGGAAGCCAAAAAAGACACCAGAACCUAACGCCAGGCCCUCGAAUGGAGACCAUGAAACAUCGGUCUCAACAACUUCCCCUCCCUCUAAUGAGGUGAAAGGCAGCCAAUUACAGCAGCAACAUCAAGUGGAGGUAUCCAAAUCAUCAAGUUCAUCAACAACCACCGAAAGACCUGUUUACCUAGGUCACACAUCUCUCCUUGCAACCGGAAGCACUCCAACCGUAAAAACGGAACCACGUAGUUGUGAGGGAGUCGUCGGUCAACCCUAUUCGUCAUAUUAUCCACAUCCACAUCAGUUAAGCACCCCAACGAGCGAACACCAACAAUCAAGUUACUACGGAGCCCAAGAAGCACCCUAUCAUCAUCAACAUCACGUAGCUGCCGCAGCCAAAUUAUUAGCAUCUUCCUAGGUCAUUUUAAAUCAUUUUUCCCAACAAAAUAAAGCGUAAUCAAAAGAUAAAAUAAUUGAAAGAUAACAUGGAUAAUCUGUUUAUGAGAUUCAGCGAAAAAUAAAUUUUACUUAUAUCAGAAUCACGAUUUUGUAACCCCCGGUUUUGUAAUUCCUAGAAUUGCUAGCCCACACAGUUUCUCAAGGGACAGGGCGAGAGAGGAUGGCGACUCUCGCCUCGAAAGGGCCGCAGUGCGCGAGUACGCAGUCGAGUAUAUUGCGCAAUAUUGUACACUCCCGGCACUGUUACUAAAUCGGGGAUCUGGUAUAUUUUUCCUUUUUAAUAAUCGACUUUCGACACUGAGAGAACAAAAUAUUCCAUUUUUGGGCAACUUCAAUAUUUGCAAAAAAUCAAUAGACUCUUAGAACAAUUUUUUACCAAUCCCUUUUUUACUCUCGGUGUGGUUUUAUCGAAAUCGUUAACCAGUGUAAAAUUUUUGUUGAUGAACGAGUGAUGCGAAACGCAUUUAAAUGUAAUCUUUUUUUUUUUGUCGAGUGGCACGAAAAGUCGACGAGAUUUACGGCCAUGGAAACCAGUUUGAGAUCUUCAAUUCCUAAUACUGAUUCGCGAUGUGUGAUAUUUAAAUUAUUUAUGAGGCACUCUACACAAGUGUACUUCUGUGUUUUUAAAAAGAAAAAGAAUUUGCUGAAUAAAAAAGAGGAAAAGAUAAGGAGAUAUGGUCUCAUUCGCAGCGAAUUCUUUUUCAAAAAUACGAAAUAUAAGACUCGAUUUGACUCUUCACCUAUCACGAGCGAUAUUUAGAGGCUGGUCAGUAGUACGAGACGCUCGUGAUUGGUCGAUGAACUGUCUCUUUGCCUUUGAUGUACCGCACUCUAAAAAAAUGUGGUCUCUCCUUUUUUGCGGUCCUCUAAUGAAAAGGAUAUUAAUUAAUUGAGAGUGAUCGAAAGAAAAAAAUCGUUUUCAAUCAGAGGAUCGCAGAAAAUUAUUUUUUGCGGUUGACAAUCCGCAGAUGUAAAUAAUAAAAUUUAUGAAGAGUUAGAUAUAAUACGAACACUUUAGACUAAAUGCAAUAUUAUUACUACUUUCUUCGAUUUAUUCUAAUCACAUGUUUCCUUUUACAAACGAGAUAUUACAAUUAAAAUAAAGAGAUGCGAAAUAAUUGCAAUAACAGGGUGGCGAUUCGGCGGACGAUUUCAAAUUCCCGGUUUUUCUUGGUCAAGUUUUUCAAGUUUUCCGAUCAACUCAAAUUUUUAAACACAGUUUAACAUAAAAA